AUGCAAUCCCUCCUCACCACCCGCUCCGAAACAACCUCCCGCCUCUACGCAGACCCCCACAACCCCCACCUGCACCUCGAGCGAGGCCGCGUCCACGAGCAAUUGGGCUUUCCGGACUUGGCGUCCGCGGAUGCGUAUCGUGCGUUGUCAUUGUUGGACUCGGUUGUUGAUCCGGAUGGGUGUGAGUUUCAUGCGAGGCGGGUAGUAGAUCAGGAUCAGAAGGAUAGAGAUGCCGUCAGCAGGAAUAGCGAUGAGGAUGAUGGGGAGGAUGAGGAUGAAGAUGACGAUGAAGGAUUUGCUCCCAUAACGCAGGACGAAUACGACGCUAUAAUCGGCGACGUGUACGCCCUCCUCGUCCGGAGUCUCGUCAGCUGUGGCUGUUUCCGCGAUGCGUAUGACUUUGCCGUGCGGGGGCUGGCUCUUUUGGGGGAUAAGUCGCAGUCGACAGCGGCGGAUGUGCUUCGAGAACAGAUGCGCAAUAUCAAAUCUGCAUAUAGAGCUCGACUCGGAUCUGACGCCCCUGCCCCUCCUACCACCAACGAAGAUGAUAUCCAGAUCGACCCCAGCCGACUCCCCGCGCAAGGAUACGCCCGCCGUGUCCUUUACCCGUGGAACACGCACGAACCGGACCGUAAAGCCCCUGAGACACUGGCGCUGCUCAACGAGCGGUUAAAGACGGUUGCGCCGAAGUGCGAAGUCCGUGCCGUGGCCUUGCCAGCCUUACACAACACACCCACCCCAACCGAUACCAAAGAGCAAGGGCAAGAGCAAGAAGUCUCCAUCCAGCUCGGCCUCUUCGCCAAAGAAGACCUCCACCCGGGUGAAGUCAUCCUGCGCGAAUCGUCGCUGCUUACCGCGACGAACCGUCUUCAUGACGACCUCUGCGACGCUUGCAAUGCGCCUCUCCCGGCUAUCGACUCUGAGAACCCGCCUGUUCCGUGCGAAGAGUGCGCUGAUGAAGAUGAUAUUUUUUUCUGCAGUCAGGCUUGCCAUGAUGCUGCGCAGAGUGCCUACCACGGUGCUGUCUGCGGCCUCAUGCAUAACCUCGACUCUAUCGGAAAAGAUAUUCCUGAUAAAAAGGACAAGGCUGAUUAUCUUUACCUGCUGCUUCUGGCCCGCGCGCUCGCCAUGGCAGCCACGCAAUCCCUGCACCCCCUCGACCUCCCAGAAGUGAAAUACAUCUGGGGAGACUUCCACCCUUACCAAACCGACCCCUCAACCGAAGAGCAAGAAAAACAAAAAGAACUCCCCUUCUCCUUCCACCUCUCCAUCCUCCAGCCCAUGCGCUUCCUCGAAGAAAUGUCCCUCGACCCCUACACGACCCUCCCCCACUACGAUACAUGGGUGCUUAACUCGCUGUACGCCAAAUUCCGCGGCACAGCCUCAGGCAGACUGUCUACCUGGGACGGCGGCCCCGAGCUCUGCGCUGUGCAUCCGCUUUGGUGUCUUGCGAAUCACUCCUGUGAUCCGAAUGUGCGGUGGGAUUGGGCGGCGGAUAUUUGCUUUACGGUGCGGGAUGGGGGGAAGGGGGAGAGGGUUGUUUGGGGGGAGGGAGCUUCUUCUGGGGGUGGUGAUGGUGGGAUUAAGAAAGAUCAGGAAAUCUUAAACCAUUAUUGUGAUAUCGGCAUGGAUGUUAAGCAGAGGAGGGAGUGGGCUUGUGGGGCUCUUGGGGGGAUUUGUCUGUGUGAGAGAUGA